GUAUAUGCUUAGGGUCUGCUGUUUUUUACAUGGUCUGUUGCCAGGAGAUUGAGUGGGUGAUUGGCCAGGCGUGUGUGUGUGUGUGUGAUGGAAAGAGAGAGAGAAGUUCUCAAAGAGUCCUCCCACACAUCCUCUCAUCGCCCCAGUCGUCUGUCUGUUGAGGAGAUGCACAAGUGAGGUGGAUGGUGGCUCUGUCGGGUUCCAGCUCUCUGUGCCCUCUGUCUCAGCAGCAGGCUCUGCGUCUAGCGCCCUCACAAUGCCAGUCUGUCAGUACCUGCUCCUGGGCCAGUGGGAAUAGACACGGUGGAAGCUCACCUGUGAGGAGGGAGAGCAGAGGACCAUGUCUCAGUGAGUCUCCACUCCACCGGCCGCUGCCACUGUUUAUCUUCCUCAGCUGGCACGCCUAAACACAGGGAGACUGGAUGGUGGGAGACAGAGCAGAGAGAGCCAGGACAUGCAUUAUGGGCACAACUGCCAGCGCAGCACCGCAGUCAUUCACCUCUUCCAGACGUGAAAAAGGCAUCAUCCUACAUGGCAACGACAUGGCUACAGACAGACGCUCCCCUAGCAACAGCUCCCCUCAGAUGGUCAGCUUUCUGAACAGCAAGGCCAAGUCCAUCAUCACCAACAAAGUAGCCCCAGUGUUCAUCACGUAUAAUUGUAGAGUGGAGUUCCAGAUGCACGAUGAUCUUCUCCCAGCCAACUACACAGUGGGCAGAGUAUCUGACAACAUGCCUGAACAUUACCUUGUGUUGGGGGAGUACUUUAUAGUUCAGGAUGUGGACAGUAGAACAGAUGUCUUAAACACCACAGGAAGCUACGGGGCCCCAAACCUCCGCAAGGCUCAAGGGGACUCCCCCAUCUAUGGCAUGGGCCAACCCAGUCUGCAUGGUUUCAAUCAGGUCCUCCAGAGACUCCAGAGGGCAGGUCAUGAGGAGAUUAUUUUCUUCUGUGUCCGGGAGGAGCCGGUUGUAUUUGUACGCGGGGAACAGGACUUUGUGUCCUACACGCCCAGGAGAAAGGAGAACCUCCACGAGAACCUUCACGAUCUGAGGGAACUCACACCAGAGCAUCUGGAGCUGACCAUCAGGAGAGAGUUGUGUGACUUUGCGAAACUGAGUCAGAAUGCAUUCUACGUCUAUAAUGACAUUGAACACUUUAAAGACGAGCCCCAUAUUGUAUCCAUUCUGUCAGAGGAGGAUAUCCAUGUCACUGAGGAGAUCUACAAGAGAGCCUUGUUUACUCUGCCCUCUUACAGGUAUUAUCGCCUACCACUGCCAAUGGAAGGAGCACCUCUGGAAGAGACUUUUGAUGCCUUCAUCAGUGUGUUAAGGGAGACCCCCAGCCUGGCUCCUCAUAGGGAUCCCUGCAGACCUCUGCCAUGUCUGCUCUUCAGCUGCCAGGUGGGGGUCGGACGCACCAACCUGGGCAUGAUCCUGGGUGCAUUGGUCAUGCAUCAUCUGAAGGGAGCACCCAAGCAAGCUAUCAGGUCAGAGAGGACACAAGACAGGCCUGAGUUUCAGAUCAUAAAGAUGUUAACCAGUAGACUUCCAGAAGGUCAGCAGGUCCUGGAGGAGGUGAACACUGCAAUUGCUUUGUGUUCAAAGAUGCACAACAUAAAAGAUUCACUCUAUGAAAACAAGACAAAACUGGCGGGGAUUGGAGAGGAUUACCAGAUUCAGGGGAACAGCACAAAAAGAUAUUUUCUUCAAAGGACACUUCAGAGCCUCGAGUGUUACUUUUACCUGAUAGUCUUUAAUGCCUAUCUUCAUGAGCAGUAUCCCUUGGUAUUUGCCAUGAACUUCAGUCAGUGGAUGUGCUCUAAUGCAUGGAUCUACCGCCUGCUAGCCGCUAUCGAUCUGUCAGAGCUCUCUGCACCAGCAGCCCUCGUCACAAGGGGGACCAGGGUACUGGUAGCAAGUGAAUAUCUAGCGCCAGACAUCCUGAGUACAGCCAAGGAGAUGAAAGUGUCCAACUUCAGGCGAGUCCCCAAAAUGGCUGUGUACGGCAUGACCCAGCCUGGCUCUGAGGCUCUGUCUGCAGUGCUGUCCUACCUGACGGAGCAGAGGAAGCAUGCCCACCUGCUGUGGGUCAACUUGCAGGAGGAGCUGGUGGUGGAAGGCAAUGGCCAGGUGUUCAUCCCACGAGAACCCACCUGUCUGGAGAAGCCCAUCAGAGUCUGCACACAGAACCCACACCAGCUCCAGGAACUGGAGCACACCCUGGCGGAGGAGGUCCUGCGCUCGGAGAAGUGGCUGGAGGUGAUGUUGGAGCAGGAGAGGCAGAUGAGGAUGUUUAAGAGCUGCCACACACUGCAGGAGAUCUUCAGCCAGCAGGGCAGCGCACACACAGGCCUCAGCUACAGACGCAUCCCCCUGGCAGAUCACUGUGCCCCGCAUGAAGAGGUCUUUGAUGAGCUGUUGGAAGCCAUGAAGAGCACCUUAGCUGAGAACCCGGCCUCUGCAUUUGUCCUCAGCUGCCACAACGGCAAAGACAGGACCACCACCGCCAUGGUCAUCGCAACCCUCACCCUGUGGCACUUCAACGGCUUCCCUGAUGUAGUGGAGGAACAGAUUGUGAGCAUCCCCCACGCUAAAUACACAAAAGGAGAGUUUGAGGUGGUGAUGCAGGUAGUGAGGCUCCUGCCCCAGGGCCAUCAGAUGAAGAGGGAGGUGGACAUGGCGCUGGACGUUGUGAGUGAGACCAUGACACCUAUGCAUUACCACCUGAGAGAGAUCAUCAUCUGCGCUUACAGACAGAUCAAAGCUGCAAAGACAGAACAGGAGUCUCAGGUUUUGCAGCUGAAAAGUCUCCAGUACCUUGAACGCUACAUUUACCUCAUCCUGUUCAACACAUACCUCCAUCUGGAGAAGAAGGACUCCUGGAGACGACCAUUCAGUACAUGGAUGUACCAGGUUGCUGCCAGAGCAGGAGUCUUUGCCAUUCUCAACCAGCUGGGUUUCUCUGAGUUUGACAACCCCAAGGACAUGUCACUGGCCCGUCUCCGUUGCCGCUGGCGACAGCACCUUGCUCAUGCACUGCCUGUUCGUGGAGAGCUCAUGUGA